GCCGCCCUGUUCGGGCGCAAAUCCGUCGUUAGACUAUUGCACGAUACAAGCAAAGUUCAUGCCGACGCCAGGGACAAAUACGGUCGAACGCCGCUGUCGUGGGCCGCCGAGAACGGGCACGAGGCAGUCGUUAAGCUUCUUCUUGACACAAGCAAAGUAGAUGCCGACUCAAAAGACACCAAACAUGGCCUGACGCCGUUGUCGUGGGCCGCCGAAAAUGGGCACGAGGCUAGCGUCAAGCUCCUCCUUGACACAGGGAGUGUCGAUACUGAGUCGAAAGACACCAAACAUGGUCUGACGCCGUUGUCAUGGGCCUCUGAGAACGGGCAUGAGGCUAUCGUCAACCUGCUCCUUGAUAAAGGCAGAGUCGACGCCGAGUCGAAAGAAGCCAAACCUGGUCGGACGCCGCUGUCGUGGGCUGUCCUGUUCGGGGCCAAGUAG